AUGGCCAACACCCAAACAUUAAGGGAGCUGGCUGCCCCGGAACCGACUCACCAGCCCUUGUGCAUCACAUUCCCCACUUUGGCUGAGAAUACGGCUUUUGAAUUGAAGUCGGGGUUGAUUCACCUUCUACCUUCUUUCCAUGGUCUCUCUGGCAAAGAACCCCACAAACAUGUCAAGAAAUUCGAGAUAGUUUGCUCCAGCAUGAAACCUCCUGGGGUCACUGAGGAGCAGAUAAGACUUAAAGCUUUCCCCUUCUCUCUCAAGGAUGCAGCAAAAGAUUGGCUAUACUACCUACCAGCGGGUAGUAUUACCACAUGGGCACAGUUAAAAAAGAAAUUCUUGGAAAAAUUCUUCCCUGCAUCCCGAGCUGCGAGUUUGAGGAAGGAGAUCUGCGGCAUUAAACAAUAUCCCGACAGGAGUAUCAUUGACGCUGCCAGUGGGGGAGCACUUGCAAACAAGACACCGAGGGAAGCGUGGGAGGUCAUCGAAGCCAUGGCAGAAAACUCCCAGCAAUUUGGCUUCCGUGAGAGCAACCCUCCCCGUAGAGUCAACGAGGUAGAGACUUCAUCCUUACAGCAGCAACUGUCAGAAUUGACAUCGAUUGUUAGGCAAUUAGCCAUGAGGGACGCGCCGCGAGCGAAAGUAUGUGGAAUCUGCACUAGCAUGGACCAUUGCACAGACUCGUGCCCCAUUUUGCAAGAGGACGGGGCAGAACAGGUGAACAUGGCCGGAGGCGUGCCCACGCCCCGUAGGCAAUACGAUCCGUAUUCCAACACGUACAAUCCAGGUUGGAGAGAUCACCCCAAUCUCAGCUAUGGUAGUAGGCCACAAAAUGCAUUCUCCAAUCGGCCUCUAGGAUUUCAGCAACCGUGGCAACAUAAGUCUCAACCCUCGUCCUCAAGCUCAGGGAGUUCUUUGGAAGAAAUUGUCAAGAGUUUGGCCAACACUACCACUCAACUUGUCACGACCACCACUCAGUUCCAACAGGACACCAAAGUAGGCAUGAAAGACAUGGAGACUCGCAUGAGUCAAAUGGCAACUGCUAUACAUCGCCUGGAAUCCCACGCAUAUGGGAAAUUGCCAUCACAACCUGAGGCAAAUCCCAAAAAUGUGAGUGUCAUCACAUUAAGGAGUGGAAAGGAAGUGGAGGGGCCGAAGGUCACGAACUCAAAGAGUAAAAGUGAAGACGAGAUCGAGUUAGCGAAGACGAAAAAGGCAGAGAAGGAGAAAGAGAUCCUGGACGUGUUCAAAAAAGUGGACAUUAACAUCCCUUUACUGGAUUCAAUAAAGCAGAUACCAAAAUAUGCUAAAUUUCUCAAGGAUCUGUGCACCCAUAAGAGGAAACUAAGAGGGGACGAAAGAGUAGCGGUGGGAGAGAAUGUGUCAGCAAUGCUCCAAAGGAAUCUCCCACCCAAGUGUGGAGAUCCAGGUAUGUUCACGAUCCCCUGUAAGAUAGGGAAUACACCGAUCAGGAAAGCAAUGUUAGAUUUAGGGGCGUCAAUCAAUGUGAUGCCAAAGACCAUUUUUGCUUCCCUAAAUCUUGGGCCACUUAAGGAAACAGCCAUCAUAAUCCAACUAGCUGAUCGCACAAAUGCAUAUCCAGAGGGGCUAGUUAAGGAUGUCUUGGUUCAGGUAAAUGAACUGAUUUUUCCUGCAGAUUUUUAUAUCUUGGACAUGGGAGAUGAGAAAUCAUUAAACCCGUCACCUAUCUUAUUAGGUAGACCAUUUCUUAGCACUGCCAGGACUAAAAUAGAUGUGAAUGAGGGUACUUUGUCAAUGGAAUUUGAUGGUGAAACUGUGAAUUUCAAUAUUUUUGAGGCGAUGAAGUAUCCAGAAGAAUCUAACUCGGUCUUUGCUUUGAGUGUUAUUGAGCCUUUUGUGCAGGAAACUUUCGAAUUAGAGGGCAAAGAUGCAUUGGAAGUGGCUCUAAUCAAACAUCUGGAGUUGGGUGUAACUCUUGAUAUGGACCUAAGGGAAGAUGUACUCCACGCUGUUGAAGCCUUACACUCACUUCCACCCGUAUCCCCAAGGUAUGAGCUUACUUCUUUUUUUGUGCCAGAGGCUAAAGCAAAGCUGCUUCCUUCAAUUGUGCAGGCACUAGAGUUAGAAUUAAAGCCUCUGUCAAAGCACCUUAAGUACGCAUUCCUAGGAGACCGGGAGACACUGCCGGUAAUCAUCUCUGCACAUUUGUCUCCAAGUCAAGAAGACAAACUAGUGCGGAUCCUGAGGGAGUAUAAGGAGGCAAUUGGGUGA